UAUUUUCGAUUUUUUUAUUGAAUAAUUGUUUUUGGGCAGCGAGCUCCGCAGCGUCGAAAUCGGAAGGCGGUGAAAAUACUUGAAUCACUAAUUUUGGCGCGAUUUUGGAAAAUUACUAAACACACAACUGACCCAUUUAAAAACACUAUCCCCUGUUGAGAUCCGAAGCUCUUCUUUACUUCUCAAUGGACGAUGAUUUCGCUCCCUCGUUCUCUCUGGGCCUCGAUUUUGACCUUGAUUCGGAGCCCCAGUUCGCUGACCCGGUACCCGACCCCGUUGCUGCGCCGCCGCCUUUAAAUCCUGUCAACAUUUCCCCCAAAUUUGAUGAUGAUGAUGAUUAUUUUCAGUCGCCGGGUCCUGACCCGGAAACCCGCCCCAGUUUGAAGCGGCUCCGACGUGGCGCCACUUUGCCCAAGCGGCAAGUGAAUUGGUGUAGUGUGGAUGAUGAGAUUGAAGAUUUCUCCUCUGAUGAUUUCUCGGAUGGACUCCCAUCUACACAGCACAAAUCUGUGUGCAGAAGUUCCAAGUUGUCAUUGCCCAAACAAGGGGUUUUGAGCACGCAAUCGUCAAAGAAAAGGAAAGAUGUUACAAAUACCCCGUCUUUGUCCAAUGUGGAUAGAAACAACAAAAAUUUGAUGUUCCCAAAGUUGAUUGUUAGUCCUCUAAGGAAAUUCCAAUUGAUUGAUUCCGAUUCUGAUUUUGACGAUCUCGUUGGAGAUGGAUGUGCUAAUGUAACGGAUAAUAAACAUGGUUCAUCUUCAAAGUCAAGACCUCACGAGAAUGUAAGUAGGGAAGAAGAAAUAAGAAGUGGGGUGCAGGCAAGUAUGUCCAAGAAAGAUGAUUUAUGGAGUGAUUUUUGUUUGGAUAAGAAAAUACCUAUCCCGACACCUGCAUUUGACGAGGUCUGUGAAGAAUAUUUCAAAUCAUCCAAAGAUACUAAUAAUUACAGUACUCACAAAGCAAGUAAUCAAAGCAACAUUAAUAGAAAUCAUGAGCAGCAAGUAAACCUGGGUGCACCUCUGCCUCCUGCUCAUAGUUACUUUUUUCAUGAUGAUAUAAGGAUUCAAAAUCUGGUUCGUGAACGCUUGCCCAACUUUUUCCCGUUGAUGACUGCAAACAUCAAAGGAUCUGAUCAGUGCAAUGCAUCAGUCAUUGAUUACAUGGGACAGUUUAGCCAUGGAGAAAGUUCUAAACAAGCAUCUGGGAAAAAGAAUGCUGUUCCAAAUUCGACUAAGAGCAGGAAGCAGUCGAAGAAAACUACUGUUGAAGACGUGUCACAAGGUUCCGGAAGCUGGGUGAAUCCUAAAUCUUGCACAAAGAUCCCUAAAAAUGCUGGCAAAAGAAGGGUCCACGCAUGCGGCCAGUCCACUCAGUCUGCUGGUCAGUCGACUCAGUCUGUUGGUCAUUGGUACACAGAUUCUAGUGGGAAAAGGGUUUAUGUUAAUAAAAGUGGCAAGGAGUUGAGUGGUAGAAUGGCCUACAUGAAUUACAAGAAGGAGAAUAAAGGGUUUACAAAGAAAGGUGGCAGCAGAAAGAAAAGUGGCGCCAAGAAGAAAUAAGAUGGUAGAAGAGCUGCACAUGGGAAACUUUUUUCCCUUUUACUAUUCAUUUGAUUUGUUGUGUUGGCCGUGUGAAGAAGAAAAAGAACAGUUGUAUAUGGUUUUCUAAUUUCUGUGUGUUGAUUUGAGUUUCAAACUAGACAUCCGCCAAUGUAAACAUUUUAAAUAUCAUAUGCCUGUCUCGAAAGAUUGUAAAUCUUUCAAGUAUUUA